AUGACUGACCUCGUCGAUUAUAGCAAAUUCCCCGAUCCUUUGUUGCCUUCAGGCGCAACACUCCUUUAUCACGCUCAUAUUCCCUUUUCAGCCUUCUUAUCGACAUCUCAGAUCUCUCGGUGCAUUCCCAAGGGGAGGCCGAAUAGAUCUUCAGUCUACAUAUCAGCAAUCAUGGCCAGAAAAUCGGUCCAAGUAUCUCCAUCGCAACUUGAAAAGUCCAGCCGUGAGACAUCUCAUCAGUCAAAAACAUCCCCAUCCCAAAAGCUUAGCCCUCCGUCGACAUUCCCAAAGGGAUCAACCAUCAGACCCGUCACGUCCAUAUCAUCAAACGAGCCGGUUCGGGAGCCCGAAAAUGUGACAAACAAGGCUGAACAUCCACAAACACCAGCGAUAACUGCCAUUCCACCAUACCCUCCCUCACCCCAGCAGGCCAAUAAACACACCCGCGAUCCGUCCAAAUCUUUCUUCUCCAACCUCAAAGCGUCGAAAUCUGCACAGAAAAUACAUCUUUCAGACGCGUCCAGUGGCCACUCUGGAGAAGAAAAAUCUUCGAUGAGUCGAGCCAGCUCCAGGGAUAGGGAUAAAGCUGGCCGUGGCACCGCGACGCGAACGUCACCGAAACCCGAUUCACCUAAACAGACUGACAAACCUAACAGCGAUACAAGUGAAGAUCACCAGUCCCCCCCUCCGCGCUCCGCAAGCUUAAAACCAGCUGAAGACUCCGCCUCAACUUUCAACCCACCAAUACUUCCACCAUCUUCUUCCUCAGCACCACCUGCCCCUGCAGCGAUACAUUCCCUCAACCCAAAGAAAAGCAAGCCACGCUUUGGAGGCUUACUGGCUCGCACACGCUCCAUCCGUGCUGACGACGGUCUACAAAGCCCCCGUUCGGCCGGGCCUAAAAAACGUCCCUCGAAUGGUCUGCUACGCCUUGAGGAGACCAAUACCGAUACCGAUCCUCCACUGAAGACCGCUCCUCUGCAACAAGAACGGACAUUCAGAGACGUCAUGGGCUCGACGUCUCGCAACCGAUCCGCCGACCGACCAGCAACUCGAGAUGGCAGUAGAACACUCUCAUCCAGCCAGAAUAGCGGCAACUCUCAGCAAAUACAAACUAAUACUAAGCGAGAACGCAGCCAUGGGAGCUCAAUGAUGAGUUCAGUGGCUAGCUCAUCACUGUUUAGCAACAUCAAAAGCACCUCCAGCGGUGCCGCAGACCGUAUCGGCAAGGCUGGCAAGGGAUUCUUCGGAAAAAUCGCACGGAGUGGUAGCAGCAACGAACGAGAGGUUGUCCAGGAUGACAACUAUGUGUGCUCUGUUAUUAACCUGCCUCUAGUUGAGCAGACACGGCGAACAAGAAUGGUGAAGAGUUUGAGAAAUUCCAAGGACAAGACAGAAUUUUGGAUGCCUGCUUUACCAUGGAGGUGCAUUGAUUACCUUAAUUUCAAAGGUUGUGAAGAAGAGGGCUUAUAUCGUGUUCCUGGAAGUGGGAAGGAGGUGAAACACUGGCAACGACGGUUUGAUACAGAACUCGACAUUAACCUAUUCGAUGAACCCGAUCUCUACGAUAUCAACACCAUCGGAUCUAUGUUUAAAGCCUGGCUCCGUUGUCUCCCUGAUGAAAUUUUGCCAAAAGCGACUCAGGCCAAAAUUGCUGCUGAGUGCCCUGGCGCCACCACUGCACCACAGCUACUCAAGGAUGAACUCUCCAAGCUUCCUCCAUACAACUACUACCUUCUCUUCACAAUCACAUGCCACCUCAGUCUCCUCCAUUCAUACGUCGACAAAAACAAAAUGGAUUACCGCAACUUGUGCAUCUGUUUCCAGCCUUGCCUGAAAAUAGAUGGAUAUUGUUUCAACUUCCUUGUCUGUGACUGGAAGAACUGUUGGCAGGGAUGCUGGACAGAGAAGGAACAUCUUGAAAUUGAGGCGGAGCUCGAUAGGCAGGAGAGGGAAAAGCAACAGCAGCAGAAUGGCCAUCCUUCAGAUAGUUCUGCUGUAGCACCUUCGAGGACCUCCGGCGCAACGGGUGAAGAGAGAGCCAUCUCAUCGUCGGGUAGCAGUCAGCCACCGCCACAGGUGCAACAAUCGCCCCAACACUCACCGCAGCAAUCACCGCGGCAAUCGCCACGACAACAAUCGCGUAACUCUGCAGACUGCACGGAUGGAGCGCGUGCUAUACCGCCGAGACAGGACUCGACCCGCUCCGUCAGCCCCAAGAAGACUGCAAAAGAGGUGGCCCGACCUAGCAAUCAUUCGCGAUCAACUUCCCAGCUACCCGAGCUGGGUCCUCCCUUAUCGCCUAUCCGCUUUUCCACAGAACUGACAACCUGA